AUGGCACCCUCAAAUGAGACUACAGUGCCUUCGACGCGGCGAGUUAGGAAAUCUGCUGGGACUAGCACAGAAAUGAAGCGCGCUGUGGACAAAGAGAAUGCGACAGUCGAUGUAGCUCGCACGCUGGCCGACAAUCGCAAGAAGUCAAGGAGCAAGAGUAUCGGCCCUGGAGGGCUCGACGCUUUGAAACGCGGAACAGGAAAUCGCCGCGCAGAAAUUCCACCUCUGAAAAAUGAAAGUCAGCGCAUGAGAAAGUCGAGCGAAUCUCGAGACUCAACGAAAUCUCUGGUUUCUUCAAACGAUGACAGCACAAAUGGCUCUAAGGUGGCGCUCAAAACGGAAGAAGAGCAGCAAGCCGCUGCGCGAGAACGAGAUGAGCGAGAGCGAAGAGACGCUCGUCGGAAGUCCUUGGCGAACAGAAGGGUGUCAUUCGCUGCAGAAGCUACGUUGCAUACUUUUCACGAGAUAGAAUAUAUGCAAGACUCGACUACUUCCACCGACUCAUCGCGAAGAGCAUCGUCGGUCAAUGGAGCUGAUUUGUCAGGAAUAGCAAAAUCGCCCGAUGGCCAAAGGUCCAACAGAAGGAACUCGGGACUUCCGCCUAUGAAAUUUCACAAUAACGACGACGAUACCCUAACAUCAACCAUUUAUAGUUCUGACUCAGAGCCGCCUGAUGCUAUAGAAGAGAUUGAAGAAGACAGUGGUUCUAGCAGUGACUCAGAUGACGGAACCAUGAUGACAAUCGAGACAGAAGAAAUUACUGGAACUACUGUCGCGUCUGAACGAUAUGGUUCUGAUGAAGAAUCUUCAACUCUUGAUCGCGCUCUCAGGAUGGCUGCACAGAGGGCCGGCACUCAACGACUUGAUGACGAUGACGAUGACGAUGACGAUGGUAGACUGGACAAUGGCGAAGAGAUAAUCCCAUCCUUUGGCUGGGUAAAGAAGAGCAAUCCCUCGACUUCUGCUCAAGGCGCGAGUGAUUUGACUACUCAAAAAGACGAAGGCACAGAUGUGGACAUGGACAUGGACAUGGAUAUGACAGGAGCUGUAGGGCGAAUUAUCAAGUCGCAAAAUACCAGAGAAUUUGAUAGCCAUGAGGAUCUGUCUAUGGAUAUUACCCAAGCAUUGGGAGGUAUCUUGUCGGACGGAAAAGCCAAGCAAGUCGCUCAAGACGACGCCACAAUGGAGGCAACAAUGGAAUUUACAACUGCCGUUGGUAGAAUUCAUCAGCCGCAGAAUGUGUAUCAGGAUGAGUCUGAUACGAACGAGGAUUUCUCAAUGGAAUUCACCGCGGCCAUGGGGGGCGUCCUCCCGCCAGCAAACGCAUCUAGUGCCGAUGCUGGUGGACGACAUACUCUGAAUCAACAGGAAGAAGCCGGAAUGGAAGAUGCUACUAUGGACAUGACUGUUGGAUUUGGUAACAUUAUUUCCUAUAAUAUGCACGAUCAUACCACCCAAGGAGAGGAGACUAUGGGUAUGGACAUAACGACUGCUCUUGGGGGAAUUAUUGCCAAUGGUGCUUCCACCUCCCGAAAUCUUGGAAAGAGAAUAAUGGAGGAGGAAGUGAACAAGCCGAAUAGCCCAAAGCGAGCGAUCAUGGCGGCUGUCUCGCAAAGGACACCAACUCGGCGAAGUUCUCGAAUAUCUGGAAUGUCUCAAACUGCAUCCCCUAGUGUCAAGCGUGAAAGCCCUGGUCUGUCCGCCUUCCGUGGGAAAGGACUGCGCCGAAGCACCGAGCCGCAGACUCCAGACACUAUAUCAUCUCCGCUCAGGACACCAACGCCAUCACCCCUAAAACUCUCAACACCUAAGGCCCAACCUGCGUCUGCGAGGACUCCGACACAUGGAACUAAAAGCAAGAGCCCGCGAUCUACAACGCCUCUACGUAAGGGAGUUGCCCAAUCGGACAAGAGCCAGUCGCCACCCAAAUCCUCGAAGCCAAGACACUCCUUGUUUCGAGACGAUGUAACAACUGGAGGAAGAACGCCAACUAUAGUUUUAACACCACAAACUCGUCGUUUGUCAGGAGUUGGGGCUGAUAAAAGCGGACUAGGAUCACCACAAGUAACCGCAUUACUUGACAGACGCAGCUCUAUCGGCGAAAGCGCUACGGACUUUGUUGCGGGCAGACGAGAGGUUGCUUUUGAAGAUCCCAAGGCGAUGGAGGAAGAGAUUGAUAAGGAGCGUAAAGUCGAAGAAGAAAAGGAGAGCCGACGAAAGAUUCUUGAGCGUGAAGUCGACGGGCCACAGGAAAAGAGAGAGGCUACCUUCAACUUGAGGGAAAUAAUUAAUAGCUUGAGCCCGAAACGAAAUGCCUUGAAAGGAAGGAAGAGUCUUCACGUCGGUAGCGCCAAGGGUCUACUGGGAAAGCGACCCCUAGAAUUAGAUGACGAAAAUUCUGAAGAAGACGACGGAGUGAAAAGGCUUAAGGGGCAUAACGCCAGUCCUGUCAAAAAUGUUAAGCUACAGCAACCCCCGUCUGUAGCUGAAACUACCGGAAGACUCACUAGAGCGACUCGGAAGAGCCUUGAACCUGCUGGGAGCAACAUAAUGCCUUCUUUUUCCUCGCCACUCAAGAAAGGUCCAGCUACAACACCGCGACAUCGGGGACGUUUUCAAAAUUUUCAAGACAAUCAAACUGUUCAUGAAGUCAACUUUCAUCAAUCCCAUGCUAGAGAUACAGAAGAACUGGAGCGGGUUGCUGAUGAUGAGAGGAUACACCUUCAAGACUUCUUGAACAUGACAUCAAUUCGCUUCAUGGAACUGACAACAACCAAGCGACGCCUUACAGUUGCUCCCAAAAGUCUUCAGGAUGGCUCAUCUGGCGACGGAGAGGAUGACAUGUCGCUUGAGCGUUGUGUGAUUGCGGGUGCUUGUACGGUCCCUAUGCUGGAGCUGUACCAACACUCCUGCAGAGAACUCAAGAACUACAUAGCUGAAGGCCGACGCAUGGUGAAAGAGAUUGAGGAGAAGACUUUUGAGAUCAAUCCUCCAUUGUUCCGCGAGUACAUAUGUGCCACGCCGGAUGUUAAAGCACUUAUGGAUAAUCAGUUCAAGAACGUCAAGACGCAUGCCAGGCUGCUCAGUAAAGCGAUGUGGUACGAGUGGAGAAUGAAACUGCAAGAGGGCCUCAAAGAAGGCCUUAUAAGCAUAUCUGAAGGUAUGGACGCCGAUGAAAAAAUGCUGAAGGAGAGAGAGGCCUUGUUAGCGGCAGUUUUGCCUGGAGCCCUGGAAAGAUACGAACAAUUAGAAGAAGAGAGUGAAAAUCUGGAUGAAGCAGCCAAGGAGCUUGCGGACUGCGAUCCGGCUGAACUUCAGGCUGCAAGAGACGAGUUGACGGAUUUGGAGGCUGACAUUGAAGCCAAAAAGAGACUCAUUGUGGAGCUUCGAGGUCAACUCGAGUCCUCCACAUCAGAAGCUGAAGACCUUGCUGCAAAGAAGCAGAGUCUCAUUAUCGGCAUUCAACAAUCCGAGAAGAUUCGAGAAGCAUGCCGUGGCUGGACAGGGAGCGAGGUCGAAUCUCUCAAAUCUCGUGUGGAUGCCCUUGAGAAAGAACAUGGCUGGGCCGUGACGGGCCUGUCGGGUACAAGUCUUUCCAUGGCUUAUAAGCGAGAAAUUGAAGUUGUUUUCGACAUUGCCUCCUUCCAGCCGCAUCAAAAAAAUUCUCGAAUCGAUCUGUGGUAUAUUGGUGAUAAUGAGGAUGGCCACCUGCAAUCGAAGACGGCAGAAAAGGAGUUCUUCUUACAGUGCAUUCGAGAUCACGUUCGCGCUCUGCCGCAGAGUCGGACAAAGAUAUUGGAUCUGCUGAAUAUUGUUCGCAACGCUUGGGACAAGGCGCGCUUUGUGACGUUGCAGCUCCACGCGGUAAACAUCACUUUCCCGACGAGCGUGACCAAGACGUCUGAUUCGAGCGUUGCCGUAACCAGUUCACUGCUGUUGACGCCACUUCAAACCAGAGUUGAGACAACACUGCAUCUUCAUGGCCAUAGCGCAACUAAGGGAGUUGAUGUCGAUAUCUCCACGCAAGUCAAGGUUGUCUACGGUGAACACUUCAACGUUAAUAAGGUGGGAGAGUUCUUGGCAAACAAGAUUGGCGAUAAGCUGGGAGACAAGGGGGAAGACUGGAGCGACGUGUUGAUUGAACUUCAGCAAAGAUUGAUAGUGAGAGGCAAGAAGCAAAUCUCUAGCAUGACGUAG